UAAUGUGUGAAAGGAUGGUAACUUAUUAUUUUUUGUCAUCACCACAUUUUGUUUUAAAACGUUCAUUCUCUACCGCUUCAUUAAAAGUUCGAGGAGAUUAUCGUGAGAGACAAGGGUUUAAUUUUGUUGAAAAGAGAGAUGAAAAUAGUCUUCCUUGGACAAACUCUUAUCGUUUGUGGAAGUGGUAUAGACCUGAACAAGAUGCAACGGAGGUUGAAAAUGUUUACAAUGAUGGAAUGUACAGGCAUAAUAAUAAAGUUAUUCAACGUGAACAAAAGACACAAAAUUGGUGGUCGUCUACAAAUGGCAAUGAACAAUACACAACCCUUAAAGAUGGUCGAUACGUUUCUGGUCCAACUCGGGAAGCUUCGAGACAUCUAAAUUUUCGAAAUCAGUCGCAUUCUAACAAUAUGACACGAAUAGAUGACAGUCUGAAUGUACGACGUAGAGGAAAGCUUUUGGAUCCUCAACAGGAAUUUGGAUCAGUACGUGCCAAGCUCAAUCAUAUUCUCUUUGACGAAUAUAUUGGAGGUGAAUGUAGUUUAAGCACUAUACUCGAUUGGGCUGAUCAAAUGCGAAGUUCUAAAGUAGAAGAAACACCUUUAUUAAAUUUAAUUGGAAGAUUGCAAAUGGUGGGACAACAUUCAUUAAUUCCUCCUCUCUACAAUGCGUUUAUAAAAUCUUCUGAAGCUAAACCAUAUGCAAAUCGUCCAGAAAUUUUGCUUCCGGCAAUUGCAAAUGCAUUUCAGGUUUAA